UAUAAUUAUUGAGGAAUAUGAGUCAAUGCCAAUCUCAUUCCCAUGUGCUAAACUCCUUCCAUCUCUCGCUCUCUUCCAAACAACCCAACCAAAACCCUCUCUCACUUCUCAAAUCCUAAUCACUACUAACCAUGAGCGAAGAAGACAGAUCACUCAACACAGGCGUCGUCGUCGACCACAAGCACCACCACCAUCAUCACCAGCACCAGCCGCAGCCGCAGCCCCAGCCGCCCCAGUAUGGUACCUUUCAAGGCGUUGCUAAUUAUCCUCCUCCGCUUCCUUCCCACCACCAGCCUGUCAUCGGUUUCCCUCAGCCUGCUCCUCCCCCCGGAGCUACUGAGCCUUCCGCCCCUCUGCCGCCUCACGCUUCUCCCUAUUAUGCUCAAGGUUACCAAACCGUCCCAGGUUAUGCUGUUGCUGAAGGAAGACCUGUAAGAGAGCGUCGUCUUCCUUGCUGUGGUAUUGGUGUUGGCUGGUUAUUGUUUAUUAUUGGUUUCUUUCUUGGUGCUAUCCCGUGGUAUGUUGGGCUAUUUGUUCUACUAUGUGCAAGGAUAGAUCCCCGAGAGAAACCAGGAUACAUUGCUUGCACAAUUGCCGCUGUUCUGGCCACUGUUGCUAUUAUUCUUGGUGUAACCAAGGGAGUUGAAGAUUGAUUAUUUGUUCGGCCAAGACCCAAGGAUUGCAAAAUGUGGAUGUGGACACAUGCAUCACUUCGUGAAAUCUAUCGUACAACUAUGAGUACAUAAUGAUGUGAUUGAUUAUAGUUGUGUUGCCUAUUAGGAGUGUUAUGAAUGAAAACUGCAAAUUGAUGUUCAUAAAUGUUUAAAUCACUUUUUUAACACUUCUAAAUGUGGGCUUUGAUUAUUUAUUUGUGAAAAUCGACAGACAUAUUGCAUGUGUAUAAUUAUUAAUUAUUAUAAAAUUAUUGAUUUAGGUAUUAA